AUGGUCAUGAACAGAUAUGCAGAACUGGUCCUAAAACGUCUUCCAAUUGAAGAUAUUAACAUCAAAACUUGGGACAUCCAAAGUUUGGUAGCUGCACCCAUUCACGAGAAGAAGACGAAAGUAGAUGUGAUAAUUGACAGUGAUGAAGUGGACUCAGUCAAUGAAGAGUCAUUACAUGUAAAGCUUGGAAGUAAGAUUAAUACGUCUAUGGGGUCUGGAUCGUCGUCUGGAUGGCAAGACCUUACAACAGCCGAUAUCAAAGACCUUGCAAAAUUAACAGGCAAGGGAGUUGAUGUCUAUGUAUUAGACUCUGGCAUAUGGUAUACUCACAAUGAGUUUGAGGGGAGAGCUAUGUCCCCUGGAUGUGAUCCUGUUGACCAGUUAUUUGGGACAAAUCGUAGUGGGUUGGAUUAUGGACAUGGUACGCAUGUUGCUGGAACCAUUGGAGGAAAGACCUUUGGUGUAGCUAAGGAAGCAACAAUAUUUAGUGUCCGAGUACUUGAUUGUACUAACUUAGCUCCUGGUUCUAUUCAUGGUGUAAUCACUGCAUCUGCCAUAGAAAAUGAUAAACCAUUUGUUUAUUCAAAUGCUGGAGUUUGUGUGGAUUUGUAUGCACCUGGUUCUGAUAUUCAAAGUGCUGCUCACAUCUUGAUAUCUGUCGCUCUACAAGAAGUGGUUCAUCAAUGGCUGCUCUCAUGUAACUGGAGCCAUAGCAUUGCUCUUAGAGAAGUGUCCAACUAUAACUCCAUGGAGA